AUGACGACGUUCCAGAACGACAUCCAAGCGGCUGUCGAAGUCGAUUGCGGCAGCGGAUGGGUCGUUCUUUACCCAAAGCAGAGGCUUCAAAUCGCAGGAAGCGCAGAAUCACUCUGGAUGCGACUCCGAGAGGAUUACACCAUCACGUCCCAUGUCUAUAUCCAUGCCGAAGCAGGGCUCUUCAGCAGCGAGAUGUGCACAUCAGAGCUGGGGCCCUUCAACAUCCAAGCUGAACGAUGGCUGGAACGGGAGAAGAUGUCAGUCGCUUUUGCUGAAGCGCAGGCACUCCUCAGAAAGGUGCGCGACAAGAGUCUGACAACCCAUGACCUUGAAAAAUCCCAGAAGGUUUGCCAGAGGCGUUUAUUGAUUUUCUUACUGCUCUACAUGGUGUUGACACUUGCUCUUUCAGGGCUCACGAUGCAUUUUGCGCCAGAGCUGACCCUGAAAGGAUGGGUUGCCUUCUGUUCCGUGACAGCAGUGUUUACGUGGACUAUGAGGCAUAUCAAUAAGCCUCUCGUGCACCUCGAGAAGAGGUAUGGUACGGGCGCAAGUCUUGUACUCAUGUGGUCUUCAUUCUUGUUUUUUCUUCUUGGGCCAUAUGUGCUCCUUAUAGGCCGCUUUUGCCAAGACAUACAACACGACUUUUGGGAGUGUAUGAUGGCGGUUGCCGACAUCACGGACUUCAUCCCGCUUUGCAUUCUCCCCGUCGGUCUGACCAUCCACUGGUUCGUAAGGAAGUUCCACGGAAAGCUGGCGGUUCAAUUGUACCCCGAUUUGCUGGAACGACAUGUUGCUCAACGUGCACUCGAAAACUGCAUCGUCUUUCACGGCCGAGUGCUUGAAGGCAUGGGCAGGGGAUGUGUGUGUUCAUGGCCGGGGAAGUAUGCACCGGCAUGGGAUGCAAUGGUUCGCAGCAGCAAGAAAGGGAACACAAGCGCCGCUGUGGUCUUUUUGCCAGAGGGUAGCCAGCUUUUUGGCCUCCACGACUCAAUCCCCGACGAUGAUGACCUGAAGGACUUGACAGGCGCUUGCUGGUGCGUCCCGCUGUACGGAGAGAGAAAGCCCUGGGGGUGCAAGUGGUGGACAAAGUGGAUCGCCAAUGUCGAGGAGGCCGUGAGGCAAGGCGCCAAACUCGAAGUUUACUUCUUUGCAAACUCCAAGGGAAAAGGCAAAGCCCAGAGUUUCGGCACGUGCGGAUCGGAGCACCUCCGGCGGGAGGCGCUGUGGCGCCGAAGG